CGAGGAUCUACUGCUGUGGAGUGUUCCUGGCAUUCGGAUACAAGAUGGACCUGACGCCCUUUAUUUCUACUGCUUGGCUUGCUCGUCAGUCAAUCGACAGCAAACAUUUGAAGAGACAACCAACAACAGCAAACACCACCUCUAACUCGGAAUCUUGACUUUACUAUCACUCAAAAACCCUCAUCAAAGCUUCACCAUGUCAGGCAGCAACUCUGAUAACACCUCCACCCUCAAGUCGUACGUCGACUCUGCUGUCGGCGCGACUCAGAAUGUCGUGGGCACCAUCAUUGGCAGCCGUGGUGACGAGGCAGAAGGACAGGCCAAGCAGGACAAGGCCAAGGCCGAGUACGACGCAUCCCAUGCUACCGUAAAGCUCCCCGGCGUGAGCGCCUCCUCCACAGGCGCCGUCACAAAGGACCAUCCCGAUCGCACCGCCGGCUCAUGGAACCAGACAGCUGGUUCGGCCAAGGAGUUCGUCGGCGGUGUUGUGGGCAACGAGAGUCUGAAGCAGUCCGGCCGGGAGCAGAACCUGUCUGGCCAGGAGCAGGAAGCCCGCGGUCAGCUGAACGACUACACGUCGGGCGCUGGCGAUCGGGUUGCUGGAGCGGUUGGAAGUGCCGUUGCAGGCCUGACUGGGGACCGCGCCAAGCAGGCCGAGUAUCAGGACCGGCACGAUGCUGGCAAGACGCAGCAGCGAGGAGCUGAGCAUGAUAUCCAAAAGCAGGCUGAGGCUCGUCAGUGAGUUUCUAGGAGCGGCAUGGAUGGGGGCGCCUGAGUCUUAAGGCAACAACCGGGUCUCUUUUCUCAUGGGAGUUUGCAUUAUGAGGGCAUUGAGCUGUGAUACCUAGGAAGAAGGGAAACACCAUAUUGGGGGACUGGUUGGAUGGCGUCAGGCAGCAGGGAAACCUUGACCGAAUAUCGUUUCCUGGAAGUCGUUUGCGGCGUUAAUAAGAUAUUGCGUUAGUUUCUGACCGAUCUUCAUGGUCGACAAAUGCGUCGGUGGAGUUGAUUGCUAAAGCGACCAGCUAACGAUGCCACUCUGUCUUGGUCUCCUCCCUCGU